GAGAACCAACGACUGCAGCGGAGUGACCGGCGACGGCGGAGAGGCGACAGAGAUAGAGAGGUAGGGAUGGAGCAGCGAGCGCGUGACAGGACACGUGAUCGGGAGCACACGGUGCUCGCGUGACCGGCCCCGUGACGUCACGCGCACGUGUCGCAUAGCGUGGUAACCACCGCUGCACGCUUCCCACUCCAGGCCAGCCCAACAGCCGCCGAGCCGCUCGCGGCUCACCUUCCUUGCCACCCUCUCCUACUCCCAUCGCAGCGAAACGCGCGAGAAUUGUGCUCCGUGUCUUGGUCAGUAGCGUCGCGAGUCCCCACUUCGCCCUCCUCCUCCUCCUCCUUCUCCGACAGCGGAAACUUUCACCUGGAAAGCCUGACAUUUUUCUUUCUCUUUCUCGUCCUUUUUUCCCCCUUUUUCUCCGCACGCGAGCUGCACCUUACGUCGCCCGAUGUAUUUGCAUCAUCGGCCGGCGGUUACGAGACGCGACGAUGCCUAGCAGUUAAGGCUCGAUAGUCCACUUGAAAGCCCGCUUGCACGUUACUUGGAAAUGAGUCGACAGGAAUUGUAGGUUAGGCAACACGCCCGAUUCCACGAGUGCUGAAGCCGCACCUGAGACGGCUCCGGAUUUACUCCUACCAGCCGCGAUUCAUCGCGAGCGCAUCGUCGGGCAGGGCCGCGCGCGUGAUUACACGUAUCCCUGCCGAGGUGACGACACGCCGUACAUUCGCGCGGUCGGUCGUCGUCGUCGAGUGCGUGCGUCGCGAAUAGCAUUACGUACCUACGACGACUUGCUGCAAUCCGCACCGGCAUCGAACCGGAGAGAUCUCGGACGAGAAGAUUACGCCCGAGCACGGCCUCGUCCAAAGUCGUCUCGUGAAAGUUCAACGAAUCUAUAUCGCGCUUAUCGCGAGAUCUUCGGAGGUGGGGGAGUGAGGUCUCUCUCUCUCUCUCUCUUUCUCGGGCCGCGAGAGAAUUCGGCGGCGGCCGGCGCGGCGGUCGAAUUACGGUCCUGGCCGGAGUUCCGCGGAAUUUCGCGAGUCAACGGCCGUAUCAGCGUUACGUUCCGAGGCGCUAUCGGCCACGUUCGAACGCGUAGAUCGAUCUUUCGGACGGUGACAAGAGGACAUCGUCAUCGUCGUCGUUGUCGUUGUCGUCAUUUCCUUGGGAAAAACGCGUUAUCUUCUCGGUUCAUGAUAUUUUACCCGGCAACUUGAGAACUGAGGAACGGAGAAGCGGCGGAUAAUAGAUAAACGAAGCGACUUCCUGAGAAACGAGCCGCCGCCGUAAAACUGCUGGGAACCAGGGCGCAUAAUUUCGUUGGGGGAACGUAGACGACAGGCGAGAGAGAGAGAGAGAGAGAGAGAGAGAGAGAGAGAGAGAGAGAGAGAGAGAGAGAGAGAGAGAGCUGAAACGGAGAAACAAAACGGCACGUGAUUCGGACCUGAAGACCUCGCAUCAAGAGGCGUAAUUAUUACGAUAGUAUUAUUACUAUUAUUAAAUAACAAACAAGAGGGAAGCGGCGGAAGAUGAAUCGCUCGUGAAAAAAAUGAGCGAAUCGUGACCGGUGCACGCGCACGGGAGAGAGAGGAGAGAGAGAGAGAGUGAGCGGAGCGCGCGCGGGAGGGUGGGGAGCAGGAGAAAGAGGGCGCCAGCACGGAUAUCGCGCGCGCGGCCGCGAGACCGGACUCGGACUACUCGGAGCGGUGGAGUGUCGUGGGCGAAUGUUCCCGUGCGUCGCGCCGGCGGCCGCCUCUCUCGUCGUCUCGCGCGAGUUGUGUCAGUGAGCCCGUGGCCGCGAAACUAACCUAAUCCCGCGCCGUGUCGUCUCGUUCGUGACGUUUUGCGUUGCGUGCCGUGUCGUGCCGUGCCGUGCCGUGUGUGCGUGCGUGCGUGCGUGCAUACUUCCGGUGCAUUCUUCCUACGCGUGCACGCGUCAUCGUCGCGGUGCGAUCGAUCGAUUCCGAACGAUCCGCGCCAAUUUGACCCAACCGGAAGGUUUCCGCGUGGUCGAUCUCCGGAGCGAAGCGGAGCCCGCGCGGAAGAGGAACAGGAGCGGCGCGAGUUUUCGCGCAUCUCUCGCGAUACGUGUAUCACGUGACACGCGCGCGUGAGCCAACUGUCGGCCCGGAGCCAAUUCUCGCGGAGGCGAGACGAUAACGCCGCGCCGGUAGCGAGUCAGGCGAGGCACAAGGCGAGACAGAAAGAAAACGAGAGGAGAGGAGAGCGGGAGGAGGAGGAGCAAGGGGGCGAGAGAGCGAUCGUCGCGAGGAUCUUUCGGAAGCGCGAAGCGGUAUCACCGCGCCUUCUAUGCGGCAAGAUGAUGGAGACGCAGAAUUAUUGGGAGGACACCUCCGCGCACUCGAUGCAGGUGAAAUACGAGAGUCUGGAUGGUAGAUCCUGCAAGGACGAGAUAUACAGAAUGGGUAUAGGAGCUGGAUACUGCGAGGGCAACCUGAACUUCGCAACGGCCUCGGAGGAUGACGAGGUUUACACCAAGAAGAAGGUCUCCAGGCAAGAUCCAAUGUCACACAGGAUUAUCGAGAAGCGCAGAAGAGAUCGCAUGAACAAUUGCCUGGCUGAUCUCAGCAGACUCAUACCGGCGGAAUACUUGAAGAAGGGUCGGGGCAGAGUCGAGAAGACGGAGAUCAUUGAGAUGGCGAUCCGCCACAUGAAGCAUCUUCAAGGCCUCCGGCAAGAUACCAAGCACUCAUCCGUGACGCCGGUGCACGCGCACCCUGAAGAUAGCGUGGACAGCGUCUCUCAUUCGACUGCGGCCUCAACCGCAGUUGAUCAUUACAAACUGGGAUUUCAGGAGUGUCUGAGCGAAACCAUGCAUUUCCUCAUUGAGGUCGAGGGCUUUUUCGCGAGAGAUGCCCUUUGCGUACAACUUAUCAACCAUUUGCAACAACAUUGCGAUAAAAUCGUAGCCACCAGUGAUCGAUUAGGCUUCCCGCACCCCGAGCUGCCAGUGCUGAACGGCGUGAUGAACGGCGCCGGUUACUCGCACACGAGUAUUCCGACGAUAUGUCAGCCCAACGGCGGCCACUCGGAUCACGGCUCGAGCUCGGGCGUGAGCUCGUUCGGCGAUCCGGAGCGUCCGCUGCUACGACCGGCGAUCGUGCCUCCGCCGACGAUCGUAAGUGACGACAGCAACCAUAGCAGCCACUCGCACAGCACACCGCCCGGAGCUGGAGCCGUUUCCUGUCGGGAUCGGCCGACCAAUUACAAGUUCAAGAGCUCGAUCAAGCAGAGGUUCUCGGCGGAAAGGAUAAAAUCGUGCUCGCCGCCAGUGUCGAACGGCGCCGGGCUAGAUAAACCGCCGUCCUCGUCGUCUCACGGGGUGCCAAUCUUCGCCCUGCACGACGCCGGUUCCUUCUACGUGCCGCUGACGGUCGAGGCAGCUCUGAUCAGACCUCAUCUGAACUUCAUUCCGGACACAGGACCCGACACCGUCCUACAUCCGGUCACGAUAUCGGUUAAUUUCAAUCAAUCAUCGCCGCCAGCAUGGUCGCAACACAGUCCUACUCACCAACAUCAGACAUAAGGGAGAGACGAGGACAGUUUGAAACGAAUGAUUUGUCAUCCGGUCACUCGUGUCCAUCGUGAGCGAGGGAGAUGUUCUCUGAUCCAUCGGACUUUCGAUUGCCAGAUCGGUAGACUGAUCUUUGGAUCAGUGCUCUAAUAUGUGAAUAUAAGAAUCCUGUGAAUUCUGGAAUAAUAAAUACUGUCGGUCAUUGCGAUGGAAUCGGGAACGAUGAUGAAGUCGUCCACGUGGCGUUUGCGAGAAUCGAGAACAGCUUAUGGUUUCUCCUAUUUCAUUAAUUGCGAUUCAGACGCAGUGGACGGUACAAAGUGGCCUAUAUACGAUACAUUUUCUUAGUAUAAUUAAUACUAUCGCUAAAUCUCAAUAAGUAAAAUAAAAGUUCUCAUUAGCAUGUUACAAAUCUCUCAUACAUAUAUCAGUAUCUUGGAGUAUAUUUGUGAUGAUAAUUGAACAUAUCGCGUAUAGGCCGCUUUUCGGAUGCAUGCAUAGGAGACGCCGAAGUCGAGGAUGUUUGUACAUUUACCGAGGCUGUGGGUCGCUUUAGCAUUUACGAGGUUCGAGAGAAAGCGUUUUAAGGGUUGUACAUAGAUAGAAUAUUAAGGAUAGGAAGCUCCAAGUCGUUCUGGCUUCGGUGUGUCUUUCUUCGUCGUUAAUGUGUAUAAUUCGGAUACCCGUUUUCCUCCAUCUUCCUUUUCCCUCAACGGACAUUUCAUCUCGUUCCCGUUUUAACUCCGUCUAUUCUCUUUCCUCGACGCUUUUUUUUCCAUCUGCUCGAUGAACGCGCUCUGCUUUUCGCGCCGCUAUUGGUCCCUUAGUCAGAAAUCAGUAUGACCGACGAUGAGUUUACGGUCGUAUAAUCGUUAAACAGUUGUAUGAGCAUGUUGAGUAUUCAGCGGAGGAGCACAUUGCGUCUCAAUAUAAAGCUGGGAUCUGGAAACAACUUCAUUUCUUACAUAUUAUCUAAGAUCAUGGCCAUAGUAUGAAUGAAAAAACAAGUCAUUAGAUAUACGACGUCCAUGGAAAAGAUUUAUUUUUGUUAAGUUAACGCAGCAAACGCAUGACAAUAGAUAAAACGUUAUCAAUCUAAUCAGAUUCAUGCAAGAGUGAUGACCUUGCUUCAAGAUCCCGACGAAUUGAUCCGUGUAAGCCGAUGAUUUUCCGUAUUUGCGAUAUAAGUUAAUUAGAAUAAAAGUGCCUACAUAUACAUACAUACAUCAUAUAUAUGCAUCCAGAUAACAAAAAAAAUUAAAAAAAAGUUUUCUAGUUCCUGAACUAUAAAAUCAAUUUUUUUUAUUUUUUAAUCUAAAAAUAUUUAUUAAAAAAAAAUUAUUUUUGUGUUACUUGAGCUAUUUUUUAGAUACAAGAUAAGUUCUUUUCUAAUUUAUUUCACAGAUCUUUUUGAAUUCGUUUUAUAGAUUAUGUUCUAUAAAGAAUUAAAAAAAUGAAUUAUAACUAUUCUCUAUUUGCUAUUUGGGGAUAUUUAUAUGGAUAAUAUAAUAUGAAUGUAUGUAUGUAUAUAUCAGUUCAUGAAUUCCACUUAUGUGAUUUUCUGAUUAUGUACGGAGAAAGUGUUUCUUUUUUUUCUGCGAAUAUAAUCCUGUGUCAUGUUCGAUCACGAGAGGAUUGAGUCUGCUUGACGCCCCGCCACAAACGGGCCUCAGCAAUUAAAGACUGACCAAGACCUGCAUUACACUAAAAAAAGAAAAAAAACAACUCUUGUAAGAUCACUCUGCAUUAAAUAUAUUUGUACAUACCACGUCUAGCUGUAACUUUAACAAAGAGAGGAGAAGAAUUUAUGCGGAAUAAAUUAUAUUUACCUUAGAAAA